AUAAAUAACAAUUACAGAAAACCGAAGAGUUGUUUUGCAAACAAACGGUAGCAAGCAUGUUAUAACCAGGAUCAUGCGGUAGACGUAAAUAGUAAUUUCGCUGUUCAAAUAUUGGUGCAACUGUCAGCAAGAAAAUGUGUGUGAGGCGUUGAAUGUUGGUGAUUUUUGUAUUAUCAAUUAUUUAUUGUAAUUGCAAUAAUGCACGAACCGAGUGAGACGAAGUAUGAAAUAGAAAACAAAUUAGAAAAGGAACUGAAUAACCUAAACUUACUGAAAGAAAGGGUGAGUCGCAGUAGUCAACUUACAAAGGGAAUGGUUGGGAUUUUAUCAUCAUUUGAACAUCGUUUAGCGCGCCUAGAGGAAACAAUUCUUCCCGUAUACAAUGAGACAGGAAAUUUACAGCGCAGACAAGAAAACAUUGAACGUACGCUGGCAGCAUUAGACCAUGUAGUAGGGUUUUAUGGAGUUAGUCAGGAUGUGGAACCUAUAGUUCGGGCUGGUCCUGGGCCAGUUGCAAAUGGUGGCUCGGGAUUAAAUGCUUUCUUGCAGGCAAUGAAUAAGCUGCAACUUGCACAGGAAUACUUUGAGAAAAACAAUCCACAAAGUGUUGAGCUUGAGAAUGUGUCAACUCUGUUUAAUUCUGGUGGUGAUGCACUGAAUCGAGAAUUUAAGGAAUUGCUGCUCCGACACAGCAGACCUGUUUCUCCAAUUAUGCUGCUGGAGCUGGUAGAAGACACACCAGUGGAAGAAACUCCUGUGUCUCUGAACCAGUUCCCAGAGACUGUUUCAAGUGAGCUGAAAUGCAUUGCAGACUGGCUCAUCAUGCACAAUCGAGAUGAAUACAUGAAUGUGUAUGCACGUGUACGUGCUACUGUGUUACUUAAGUCUUUACAACAACUGAAAGAACAGCAGAGAUCAUCUAGUGGUGGAAGUAUACAGGGCAUACCAGCAGCAAAUUCCCCCAUGGUGAGACCAAAAUUUCAAACCCCAGGCCGGAGAGCAUCCAAAAGACUGCACAUGUUUGAGAAGAAAGCCAACAAGAUGUUACAGAUUGCUACACAAACUCUUGAACAUUCCACAGGUUUUACAAUUGGAAAUAGACGUUCUGCAUUGCAUUUAGAAUCACGAGAAGACAUAGUGGAUGAGCAAGAGAUGGAGAACUACCUGGUAUGUGUGAUGGCCUUGCAGCGACUGAUGCAGAGUGAGCGCUCACUUAUGGUUGGCAUUGUGCCUCUGCAGCACCAGCAUCAAGUGUUCGAGAUCAUCAUCCGAGAUGCCAUGGAUAUGGUAGUUCAAGAUGGAGAGAAUAUAGCAUCUCGGGCCAAGCGCUGUAUCAACCGCCAUGAUUUUGCAGCAGUGCUGGUAGUGUUUCCUAUAUUGAAACACCUUCUCACAAUGCGUCCUGAAUUUGAACGGACUGUGGAAGGCUGUGAUUAUAAUGUUCGCUCAAAGUUUGCCUCAAUUCUCAACACUUUGCAUGGCACAGGAGCAAAGGCAUUAGAAGAUUUCAUAGAGAGUGUCCGCUCAGAUCCAAGCACGCAGCUGCCUAAAGAUGGGACAGUCCAUGAAUUGACAAGCAAUGUUCUGGUGUUCUUGGAGCAAUUGCUUGAUUAUGUGGACACCAUAGGGGGUGUGCUAGCACAGGACUCUGUGUACAGUAAUGCACUGACUCUAAUACCAGGACAUGGCAAAGUGGACAAGAACAAGGCUCUGGUGGGGAUAUAUAUUAAGAAGGUCUUGGUACAGUUAAACCUGACACUUGUUGGUAAGAGUGACCUGUAUAGUGACAUCUAUCUGCGAGCUGUGUUCCGUCUCAACAACAAUCAUUAUGUGCUAAAAGCCCUGCAACGUGCAGGACUACUUGACUUGGUUCAGCUUUCAGAGCCUGACUGUGAAGAGAGUUACCAUGACAUGAUAAGAGAGCACAAGAGGAUGUAUUCACAAAGUUGGAGUCGAGUUCUGAGCCACAUCUGUGGGGCUGAGGAUGCACCUAUAACUAUGGCGCAUGCAGGAAAACUGCGGGACAAAGACAGACACUUGAUUAAGGAGAGGUUUGCUGGUUUUAACAAGGAAAUGGAAGAAAUUGCUAGGGUACAACGCAGCUACUCAAUCCCAGACGUCGAGCUAAGAGAAAGUUUGAAGAGAGACAAUAAGGAGUACAUUCUGCCCAAGUAUCAUGCUUUCUAUGAAAAGUAUAGCACUGUUCCUUUUACGAAGAACCCAGAGAAGUAUAUCAAGUAUGCCCCAGCACAAGUGUCAGCACUGAUAGAUCGUUUCUUUGAUGUUGCAGCCUGAGUAAUUUAUAAUAUUAAAAAAACAGAAAUGUAAUGUAUUGUUGAUAUAUCAAAAAAAUAGGCAAUUGUAAAGAAAACAUACAGUGUCAAAAGAAACUUUUUAUUGAUUAUAAUAUUUUGUUCAGAACUGAA